CCUAUGACAACGAAAAAAAGCUGGCUGGAGUGAGUAGUUAAAUCACGGAAAAGAUAUGUGUUGCUGGUUAAUCUAGCCCAAGACUAGAGAGGAGGAUCUGUGAGAAACAAGGAGCAGCUGCUGAAGUAGUUUGUCGCUUUUUAAUCUCUCUCUUAACGAUAUGGAGUCAGCUAUUAAGACAAUAGUCACUACAUUUCUUAAGUCUGCUGGGGGGAAGGACAACCUCUCUCCAAAAGCCUUCCAGAAGCUUGUACAGAAGCAGUUCUCUGGCGUCAUGGAGGAUACAGACAGCUCUGCAGCCAUUAUGGAGAUGCAGAAGGGACUAGAUGAGAAUUCUGAUGGAAAGGUCAGCUUCCAAGAAUACCUCACUCUGAUUGGUUACGUGGCCAACACAAUGAGUCAGAAGCAUUGUGAACCCAAGGAAGCAGCCUCGUAGAUUCUUCUCCAGCAGGUGUCUCAUGACAUGGAGUCUGUGAAGUUGGGAGUAUUUGGAGGAUCAGCAAAUUAACAGCAAAUUCUGUCUCUCUCUUUUUUUUUUAUAUCUUUGUCUGCUUUUCAAGCAUUUUUAUGUUUUCUCAUCUCUAAUACCCAAAAAUCAUCAUAAUGUUGAGCUACAGUCCAUAAUCAUUUUCAUUUAGUUAAAUGACACUGUUGAUGCUCUGAAGUACACCUUUAUAUCUGUUCAGAUCAACCUUUUUACAGUUACUGCUUACUAUCUAACUUUCCAUUCUUAAGGACAUAUUGAAGGACUCUGAGCUAGGUGUAUUCUUUUUUAUACCAAAUAUGCAAAGAAGACUUAAUGUAUUUUCAAAAGAAUAAAAGCUUUAUGCUAAAACCAUUU